UUUCACUCGCGUUUGCUUCUCGCGCUCCAUCUGAACCGCAAACGCGCGAUGGUGAUCGGAGCUUCCAGUGGCUUUUUCUGCACGCGCAACAGCGGAUCCGCGGCGUUUCGGUGCCGUUCCUUUGACCAGUCUGAACCAUGAGCGUCUGGACUGAAGUGUGUCUGGUGUGUUCGGCUUUACCUGUGAAUACCUCCGGCUUUGUGUUAGUUCGGAAGGAAGCGGUGUCGGUGUUUGAGACGCGUGUCCAUGAGCGGAGGAAUGACGCGCCCUGCUCGCAAACUCCUCACAACUUUAUUCGCGUGUUUCAUUCAAAUGCACAACUUCAGGAUAACAGAAGGAAAAGAGUCCGAGAGGGCUUCUUCAUCGACAAUGUCCCCCUCUGAUUUCCUGGACAAGCUAAUGGGGAGGACGUCCGGUUAUGAUGCCCGUAUAAGACCCAACUUUAAAGGUCCCCCCGUUAACGUCACGUGCAAUAUUUUCAUCAACAGCUUUGGCUCAGUGACUGAGACGACUAUGGACUACAGGGUGAAUAUCUUCCUGAGGCAGAAAUGGAACGACCCUCGUCUGGCGUACAGCGAGUACCCGGACUCUUCUCUUGAUCUGGAUCCCUCCAUGCUCGACUCCAUCUGGAAACCGGACCUGUUCUUCGCCAACGAGAAAGGCGCAAACUUCCAUGAUGUCACCACAGAUAACAAACUCUUGAGGAUCUUUAAAGAUGGAACGGUUCUGUACAGCAUCAGAUUGACAUUAAUAUUGUCUUGCCCAAUGGAUCUAAAGAACUUUCCCAUGGAUGUACAGACGUGCACGAUGCAGCUGGAGAGUUUCGGCUAUACGAUGAAUGAUCUGAUCUUCGAGUGGCUUGAUGAAGGUCCCGUUCAGAUGGCGGAUGGUUUGACUUUACCGCAGUUCCUCAUCAGAGACGAGAAAGACCUGGGCUACUGCACCAAACACUACAACACAGGUAAGUUCACCUGUAUUGAGGUGAAGUUUAAUCUGGAGCGUCAGAUGGGUUAUUACCUCAUCCAGAUGUACAUCCCCAGUCUGCUGAUCGUCAUCCUCUCCUGGGUCUCCUUCUGGAUCAACAUGGACGCGGCGCCGGCUCGGGUCGCCCUCGGCAUCACCACCGUCCUCACAAUGACGACACAGAGCUCCGGCUCGCGAGCUUCACUGCCAAAGGUUUCCUAUGUGAAGGCCAUUGACAUCUGGAUGGCCGUGUGUCUGCUGUUCGUCUUCGCCGCUCUACUGGAAUACGCCGGCGUCAACUUUGUGUCCAGACAACAGAGGGAAUUUCUUCGCUUGAAACGAAGGCAAAGACGAAAUCAAAAGGAAGAUGAAUUACAGGAUGGGCGUUUGCACUUCCCCGUCUACAUGACUUCCUGUGAUAAGGACGGUCCCGCGAUAAAACCUGUGACGACUGACACGGUUCAGCAGCCGCCGAUCCUGAAGAACACGGAACCGAACAGAAAGAAGUUUAUCGACAGAGCGAAGAGAAUCGACACGAUAUCUCGUGCGGCGUUUCCUCUGGCAUUCCUCAUCUUCAACGUCUUUUACUGGAUAACGUUCAAGAUUAUCAGACAUGACAACGGAAGGAAAGUCUAGUCUACAGUUUUAUUCCCAUUAUCCCCGCUGUCAGGGAUAAAAUUACUGACCGAUUUUGUGUAAACACUGUGUACGUCCCAUGAGACUGCUGGAGAUGUAUGGAAGCAAGUGGGAAUAUUUAAUUAAGGAAUUAAAGUGCAGGAUUGUCUAAAUGUAAUGUGAUGCAGUAUUCAAAUAUAUGAAGAACAACGUUCAUAUGAAAGACGAGUAUCAGUGUUUUAUACGAUUGUCUUUUGACGCUUGUUUUUAUGAAUCAAGUUGAGCACAGUAGAAAACAUUUUACCAUGCACACACACACACACACACACACUCACUCAUAUACACACACACUCACAACACACACUCACUCAUAUACACACUCACACAAACACUCACUCAUAUACACACACAACACACACUCACUCACACACAAACACUCACUCAUAUACACACACAACACACACUCACUCACACACAAACACUCACUCAUAUACACACACAACACACACUCACACACAAACACUCACUCAUAUACACACACAACACACACACACUCACACACAAACACUCACUCAUAUACACACACAACACACACACACUCACACACAAACACUCACUC